AUGGAGACAUUCAUCGCACUGCCCAUCACCCUCAAAGAGGUCGACAAACGGGUUGUUGCAACUAGCACAGACAAUCAAGUGAAUGGCUACCUGCAACAGAUUGACGCCCUCUCCAAUGGCAUGAAGCAAUCUGGCUUCCCUGCAGAAGUACCCGGUCCACCCGCACAAUCCAUCAACCCACAUCGCUCAACGCAAAUUGAACUCGCCAAGAAGCAAGGGAAUGAGUAUUUUGGUAAGAAGCAGUAUGCUGAAGCUCUUCAAAUCUAUUCAAGGGCGCUGGAAAUGGCUGCGAGUAGACCACCCUGGGAACCUUCACAAAUGGCGAAUGACGAAAUGGCCAUCUUGCUCGCCAAUAGAUCUGCUGCAUUUCUGGGUGCAGAGGCGUAUCCUGAAGCGUAUGCGGAUGCUUGUUGCUGCGUAGACUUGCGAAAGCCUUGGCCAAAGGGAUAUUUCCGCAAAGCACGAGCGUUGGUGAAGCUUGGGAAGGUCAUGGAGGCCCUUGAAACAGUGCAGGCGGGACUGGGCUAUGAGCCGACAAAUGAAGAUUUGCUGAAUACCAAGAAGGAGAUUGAGGCGCUGCUGGACGGUGAGCGGCGUUGA